AUGAAGUGUCAAAGUCAUUUUUGGGUGGCAAGCAAUGAUCCUCAUCCAGCUAAAAUUCGUCGGCAACGUUCUGUUGGUAAAAAUAUGUUUGCAAUUUUCUUCAUGAAGUCCGGCUUUAAUACAAUCAUUCCUCUUGAAAAUGGUAAAACAGUUACAGCUGAGUGGUGUACAAAUGAAGGUAUUACACAGGUACCCAAACAAGUGGAGAAACAUCGACGUCUCAAUGGUCUUCUUAUUCAUCAUGACAAUGCACCUACACGCAGGACAGCACUAACAAUGGAAUAUUUAGAUACUAAAUACGUCAAAUUGAUAGGCCAUUCAGCAUAUUCACCAGAUCUAAGUCUGUGUGAUUUUUGGCUGUUCCCAAAAAUUAAAGAGCAAUUUCGUGGUAAAAACUUUCAGGAUAUUAAUGAACUUGAUGAUGCUGUCAGAACACAAAUAGACUGA